GAUUGUUUUCAAUCAGAUACUGCAGGUCGGAUUGAGAUUAUCGUUUGCACUGAGAAAGAUAAGAGAAUUAUAUUUUGUGUAGCAAUUUUUCUUUUUAGUAAAAAUGAAUCAGGAUAUACCACAUAUUCUUUGCACUGGGGGCGCAGGAUACAUAGGAAGCCACACGAUAGUCCAUUUUUCAGAAAACACGCAGUAUCGACUUACAAUAUUAGAUAAUUUGAGUAAUUGUUCGAUUAAAGUGCUUGAUCGAAUUAAUUUGUUAUGUAAAAAAAAAAUUACAUUUUUAAAUGUCGAUCUUUGCAACGAAGAACAGAUUAUGAAGGUUUUCUCCAAUGAGAAAUACGACGCUGUGAUUCAUUAUGCGGGACUUAAGGCAGUAAAUCAGUCGGUGGAACAACCACUGCAAUAUUAUUCAAAUAACCUUUGUGGAACCAUAAAUCUUCUUAAAGCUAUGGAAAAAUUUGGUUGUACAACAUUAGUAUUUUCUUCAUCAGCAACAGUGUAUAAAUUAUCACAAAAUCAAUUAAAAGAAGAAGAUUCUUUAGAACCUAGUAAUCCUUAUGGUAAAUCGAAACUUUUUAUAGAACAAAUGCUAAAGGACAUUUUUUUGGCCCGACCUAACUGGAAAAUAUCCAUUUUAAGAUACUUUAACCCUAUCGGAGCACACCCAUCUGGGAUGAUAGGAGAUUCACCCGAACAUACUUUAAAUUUACUUCCUUAUAUUCAGAAAGUUGCUAUAGGUCACAAACCUUACCUUGAUGUAUUUGGAACAAAUUGGAACACACCAGAUGGCACUGGCGUUCGUGAUUAUAUACAUGUCAUUGAUCUCGCUGAAGGACAUUUAGCAGCCUUGCGCUAUCUUGAAAAACAAGAUAAGGGUUGUUGUAUAGUUCAUAAUUUAGGUAGUGGCAACGGUGUCUCAGUGAAAGAAAUGGUGCAAUGGUUUGAAAGAGUAUCCGAUAGAAAAAUACCAAUGCGUUUUGUUGAAAGACGUCCUGGUGAUUUGCCUUCUGUUGUUGCGGAUUCAUCCAAAGCGUUUCAUGAUUUGAAGUGGAAGCCUACCCACACUGUUGAGGAUGCUUGUAAAUCUGCCUGGAUAUGGCAAUCUAAUAACCCAAAUGGAUACGAAUAAUUAUUUUUAAUAGAAUCAAGGAAAACAUUUCAUUGGCAACAACCGUUUUAAAAAUACAUAGUGUUCACGAUACUUUUUCUUUUUUUAUUUGCAUGCUAAGUUAGAAUAACAAAAAAAUUAAAAAAUGUGCUUAAUUCAUCAUGAAAA